AUGGUCAUUGUUUUCCUGAACGAAUUGUCCACGGCAUUUGAGACAACAAACUCGACUGCAGCACCUGAACAGGCGGUCAGCCGAUACCUAGAAUUGUUCCCUGAAAGUAGCCUAGCCAAUGUUCUGGCAGAUCAGCAGCAGCGCAAGAAACUCAAUAUGAUUGCGGAUGAUAUCUUGUCUAGCUUUCUCGACCAAAAAGCAUAUAGCUGCUAUGUACUCAGGGAUUUUCUCCGCGAGGUAUUAGCCGGUGUUAUCUUUCAGUCAAUGAUGUCCAAUUUCUCGCGCCCAGAAUUCAUCAACGGAUGGAUAAUCUAUCUCUUGAGCGAGGGUGAAUCCGAAAUAAUGAACGCAAUCGAUGCCGGUGUCGAAGGAGCCCGGAGCCAGGGCGUGACGGCACCAAAGGGUUCUGAUGUAAAGAACAAUUCGAGCAUGAACACAGCAGUCAGCGCCGAAAUUGACCCUCAGGUGCUGCCACAAACGACCGGAGGGCAGAGUAAUCACUCAGAUAAGGCAACGGAAGAGGCAAUCAAAGAAGCAAAGCGUCUAAGUGCCAUGAUUGCGGCUCAGGAUGCACAGAGGCAAGAUCUGCAGCAAGCAAUUAAUGAGGACCGCCGAGACCCAGUUCCAAACAGCGCUGAUGAUAGUUCUUCUGCUGAGGCGCUUGAUCAAGUUGAAAAUUCGGUCAACAAAGAUGACAAGCAAACACUUGAAACGAGUGAGUCUUUGUCCCAUAGACAGCGGCGGCUUUCAUCUUCCCCAUCUAUUCCAAGUUCGUCAAGAUCAAACAACUCUAUAUCAGAAAUCAUCCAAGGGCCUAUCUUGACGCUUUAUGGCGCUUCCGUAUCCGUGGAUGUUGAAUUGGAACCCGGAGAAAAGACAUUAAUUCGGUCGAAGCCUACGUCAAACUAUUUGAUCCAGGUUGAACCGGCUUCUACACGUUGCUCCGGUUGGAUGACAUUCAAAAAAUAUGCCGAUUUUGAAUCCCUACAUGAUACUCUUGAAGCCAUUUCAAGAUUGAACAAACUUUGGAGUUUCACAGAGAUGUAUCCUGCCUUACCAACAUGGAAAGGGCAUACGAGACAAGCAUUGGCACAAGACUUGGCGCGAUAUCUGAAAGAUGCUCUUCAACACGAGUCACUCGCAGAAAGCGAAAAGAUGAAGCGUUUCCUUGACAAGGAUAAUCGUCUGGGAACCGAUCCUGCAGGGUCAUCUACGAGAACAGGGUUUUCUUUCCCUAGCCAAGCCACAUUUGAAAACAUGGGAAAGGGUGUUUUAGGCGCAUUGGCUAACGCACCCAAGGGCGUUGCUGGUGGGAGUAAAGCUGUAUUAGGUGGUGUGACUGGGGUAUUUGGCAACGUUGGAGGUAACGGCAAACGGUCAUCUCGCUCAUUUGCUGAUCAGGCGAGGAAUUUUGAAUCGAGCGAACUCUUCCCUGCUGAAAUGGAACAAGCACGAAACUCGGGGUCUCGGGAGGUCUCGCUUGAUUUGACCUCGAGUUCCAAACAUCACACAUCACCCGCCCAAUUCACCGAAAAACAGAAUCCUUCAACAAUGCGAAAUUCUUCAUCCAGCUUUUCAUCCUCGAAUGAUGCUCGUUUGCCCCCGAACGCUCGCUCUGACAGGUCAAUUGAAGCUGUGAGUAGCGCAGUUAGCCUGGCAGCUGUUGGGCUAGACGCAGGAGUCAAUCCGCUUUCGAGUAAGGUCUGCCAGUCGAAUGAGUCCCCUUCCGAUGGACACGAUGAAAAAGAAGACUCAGCGAUGGUACGUCAAUGCCAGCAAGCUGAAGCGAUGGACUCUCGUAAGCAAGCAACGCCUGAUCUAAGAGCUGCAGGAGCGUUGGUGGACAAGGCGAUCACAAAUGAUGAAACCCAAAUAGCAGUGGAACUGAUAUUUGCUGUUAUAAAUGAGUUAUACACUUUAUCAUCCGCUUGGAAUAUUCGUCGGACGCUUUUGAAUGCUGCAAAAUCUUAUAUUCUCCGUCCCGGAAGCCCAACUUUGGAAACGAUCCGAGUUUCUCUUCAGGAUUCAAUAAUCAAUGCGAAUACGUCAGAUGAAACAAUAGGGGCAUAUCUUACUAAACUUCGCGAGAACGCCCUUCCAACAGAAACCGAGAUGAAGAGUUGGCCACCGCCACCUACUGAAGUCGAAAAAGAACGCCUACGAGAAAACGCACGGAAGCUCCUUGUUCAGAGAGGGCUGCCACAAGCAUUGACAAGCGUUAUGGGAGCCGUUGCUAGCCGAGAAGCACUCGAAAAGAUCUUCGAUUGCCUCCAAGUAGAGACCAUUGCCCGUGGGUUUGUCUUCACGAUUCUUCUGCAGGUUUUGAGGGCUGUAAUUAUCUGA